AUGAGCUGUAACUCGGCAGUAUUAUCAUAUCGGACAUCGAUAGGUUUGAAUCCAAAGCACGACAAACAUUAUUCGGUUAAAAAUCCCAGUCAUGCUGAAGGACCGUUGAGAAUUACGACAGUUAUCGAGCAUUUGAAAAAGUGCGGCUUAUGGAGCCGUUGCAAUAUCAUCGAGGAACAUAGUGCAGUAGAUGAAGGUGAUCUGAAAGAAACUCAUUCUCAAAGCUACAUUGACUCAAUCGUUCAACUGAAGAAUCAGCCGCAAGAACUCAUCGAUAAAUUUGCUGAACAGUUUGAUACGAUUUAUCUUCGUCCGGAAUCGUACGAAGCAGCCGCCGAAGCAGUAUCAUGUGCAAGAAAUUUGGCGACAUUGAUAGCCGAAGGAAAGAUUCCGAAUGGUUUCGCGUUGAUUCGUCCACCGGGUCAUCAUGCGCAAAAGAAUGAAGCCAGUGGUUUUUGUGUGUUCAACAAUGUUGCACAAGCAGCCGAAGCCGCGUAUAAUUUUGGAUCGAACAGAAUACUCAUCGUAGAUUUUGAUGUUCAUCACGGUCAAGGAAUACAACAGUCGUUCUAUGAGGAUAAACGGUAUGUCACUAUUUGA